AUGAUUCUAAACGCUACUUCCAUGCAGGCCGUUACUUGGGGUGGGAAUCCUCUUCAAGUUAAUGUAUCAACCCUGCCGAUACCGGAGAUUCUUGACUCAACAGAUGCCAUUGUCAAAGUUAGUCUGUCAGCUCUUUGUGGUGCCGAUAUUCACACUUACAAUGGGGUUUAUGAGGAUAAAGAGGUGCCAUGGGUGAUGGGACAUGAAGCACUCGGGAUCAUUGUUGAAGUUGGCAAUUCAGUGACUUCCUUCUCGAUUGGCGAUAAAGUUGUUGUUCCAGAUCAAGCUUCGAGUAGUCUUGAAGAUCUAUCCACGGCUGAGUUGACUGGGCUGGGGCUUGGUUCGGACUAUUUCUUAACGACGGGUUGUCAAGCGGAAUAUGUCCGGGUCCCAUUCGCAAACGACAAUCUCUUUCCCAUCCCCUCACAAAGCGACGACGGCUCCUCAAAAUCGGCUAUCGAAAAUAUCGAUCUUGAUUACCUCCUCGCAUCAAGUAUCUUCGCUACAGGAUGGGGAGCUCUCGAUCUAUCCGGUUUUCAACCAGGAGAUUCUGUCGCUAUAUUUGGUGCGGGUCCCAUAGGACUGAUGGCUGUCUACUCAGCUAUACUUCGCGGUGCCACUCGCGUCUUCCUCGUCGACGGCGAUCGUCAGCGCCUAUCGAUUGCGGAGGGUCUCGGUGCUAUGCCAAUAGACCUUACCCACUCAGAUCCAAUCACGAAAAUCCUCCGCCAAGAACCAGAUGGUGUUCUCCGGAGCGUUGAUUGUGUUGGGAUCGAAGCGGCAAACAGACUUGAGCUUAAGGAAGAUAAGGUCUUGCAGAAUAUGACAGCUAUCACAAAAGUUGGCGGUGGGAUUGGUCGAGUUGGCAAGUUCCACGACACGAGCGACUCGAUGAGUACUUCUCCAUGGCAAUACAUCCUGCCAACCUUCCAGCUUGCUAUGUCUGGGUUCUUCAAGAAGGGCCCGCAGGUCAGAUCAGGUGCUAUCGACUCGGCCUUGAUCGCGCCCCAACUUAUCGAGAUGAUAUUAAAAGGCAAAGCAAAGCCUAGCUUUAUUGUGAGCAGCAUCAUCGGUGUCCAUGAGGCGCCGGAGUUUUAUGAGAGGGCUAGUCAGCAUCUGGAGACGAAGGUUGUGAUCAAGUUCCCUUUCUCGUGA